AUGGCUUCCGACGCUACAGUUUUAAGCAUCAAGGUCAUGAAUCAAGAUCUUGUCAAGUUGGAUCGCUUUGAUGGAACCAACUAUACCAGAUGGCAAGACAAGAUGACAUUCCUACUGACUGCCCUGAAAGUUCACUAUGUCUUAGAUCCUGACUUAGCACCAAUUCAUGAACCAUCAGAAAAUGAAUCUGAAGAAGUCAAGAAAGAGUGCAAGAAACGUAAGGAGGACGAACUAUUAUGUCAUGGACAUAUUCUGAAUACACUGUCUGAUCGUCUCUACGACCUCUAUACGGAUAAUCCCUCUGCAAUAGAAAUCUGGAAAGCCAUCGAAUUCAAGUUCAAGGCCAAAGAGGAAGACUGCAAGCCCAUUCUUCCCCAAGUUCAUGAGUUGCAAGUCCUCGUGAAUAAAAUAAAAGCGGUGAAAAUAUACAUCCCUGAGACCUUUCAAGUCGGUGCAAUCAUUGCAAAAUUGCCACCUUCAUGGAAAGGCUACAGAAAGAAAUUGUUGCACAGUUCUGAGGAAUUCUCUUUGGAGAAAAUCCAGAAACAUCUUCGAAUCGAGGAGGAAUCGAAGGAGAGGGAGAAAUCAGAAUCUACGGGUCUUUCUAAAGCCAAUGCCGUGAGCACCAAAGGAAAGAAGAAACAUGAUGGCAUAAAGAGUCAUCUUGGACCAAAGGAGGAACAUAAUAAGUUCAAGAAUGCUGGAGGUCAUAAGGGUCCGAAAAGCGGAUAUUUUGUUUGUGGAAAACCUGGACACUAUGCUAGAGAUUUCAGGCACAACAAGUCAAAAAAUAAGAUCAAUGCAGUUCAUGAAAAUGAUACAUAA